GUUAUCAUGAUUGCCCAGAAGGAUGUCCCACCAAGAGGAGCCUAAGGAGGUCAUCCCACUGAGAGGAGUCCCAGGAGGUCAUCCCAAUGAACGGAGACCCAGAAGAUCAUCCCGCUGAAAUGAGACCCGGGGGGCCAUCCCACCAAGAGAAGCCUAAGGAGGUCAUCCCACUGAGAGGCGCCCCAGAAGAUCAUCUCACUGAAAGGAGACCCGGGGGUCAUCCCACCAAGAGAAGCCUAAGGAGGUCAUCCCACUGAGAGGAGCCCCAGGAGGAGGAUGUCCACCAAGGGGAGACUCAGGCCACAUCAUUAGCAAUUCCUCUUACUCCCAAGCUGCCUGUUUAUUCUGAGACCAGAAGGUCAUACGUGCCCUCCCUGGCCAGGAGCGAGAAUGGAUUGGAGUUGAGGACAAGAUGAGUUGAGCUGAAUACUUCUUGUAGAUAAAAGGCAGCCAGGAGGCCCAGCAACAGAGCAGGAUUCUAACACUCACUCCCUGGCCUGCAGGGCCCCUCGGAAAGGGAGCUACAAAUGUACAUGUCCACUGAUGAUUGAUGUUUUCAGCCAGCACGAUGGACAGAAGUCUAAGGAAUGUCCUUGUUGUUUCCUUUGGGUUCCUGCUUCUCUUUACAGCCUAUGGAGGUCUGCAGAACCUGCAGAGCAGCCUGUACAGCGAGGAGGGCCUGGGUGUGACAGCACUUAGCACCCUCUACGGAGGCAUGCUCCUGUCCUCCAUGUUCCUCCCACCGCUCCUCAUUGAGAGGCUGGGCUGCAAGGGGACCAUCAUCCUCUCCAUGUGUGGCUACGUGGCCUUCUCCGUGGGCAACUUUUUCGCCAGCUGGUACACUUUGAUCCCCACCUCCAUACUGCUAGGGCUUGGGGCCGCCCCGCUGUGGUCUGCACAGAGCACAUACCUCACGAUCGUGGGAAACAUGCAUGCAAAGAAGGCGGGAAAACGCGGCAAAGACGUGGUGAACCAGUAUUUCGGCAUCUUCUUCCUUGUAUUCCAGUCAUCUGGUGUGUGGGGCAACCUGAUCUCAUCGCUGGUAUUUGGCCAGACUCCCAGCCAAGAGGCCCUCCCAGAAGAGCAGCUCAUGUCCUGUGGGGCCAGUGACUGCUUGAUGGCCACCGCAACCACCAACAGCACCCAGAGGCCCUCCCAGCAGCUGGUCUACACCCUGCUGGGCAUCUAUACCGGGAGUGGUGUCCUGGCUGUCCUGACGAUAGCUGCAUUCCUCAAACCCAUACAAGAUGUUCAACGGGAAAGUGAAGGAGAGAAGAAAUCACCACCUUUCUGGUCCACUUUACUGUCGACUUUCAAGCUAUAUAGAGAUAAACGUCUGUGCCUCUUAAUUCUACUGCCUCUGUAUAGUGGAUUGCAGCAAGGAUUCCUCUCCAGCGAAUACACAAGGUCUUAUGUCACCUGCGCCCUGGGCAUCCAGUUCGUUGGCUACGUGAUGAUCUGCUUCUCGGCCACCAACGCGCUGUGCUCCGUGUUGUAUGGAAAGGUCUCGCAGUACACGGGCAGGGUUGUGCUCUACGUGCUGGGUGCGGUGACCCAUCUGUCCUGUAUGAUCGCCCUCCUGCUGUGGAGACCUGGUGCUGACCAGCUGGCUGUGUUCUUCGUAUUCUCAGGCCUGUGGGGCGUGGCAGAUGCAGUCUGGCAGACACAGAACAACGCUCUCUACGGCGUUCUGUUUGAGAAGAGCAAGGAAGCUGCCUUCGCCAAUUACCGCCUGUGGGAGGCCCUGGGCUUUGUCAUUGCCUUUGGGUACAGCACAUUUUUGUGUGUGCGAGUCAAGCUCUACAUUCUGCUGGGGGUCCUGAGCCUGAGCGUGGUGGCGUAUGGGCUUGUGGAGUGUGUGGAAUCCAAGAACCCGAUCAGACCUCACACUCCAGGACAGGCGAACCAGGCAGAAGAUAAAGAAAUACAAACAAAAAUGUGAGAGCAGUGAGGUCCGAGGAGGAUGAACUCAGAAAGCACCAGCCAGAGAGUUUUCUUAGAAGAUGCCUCAGGACAUGGAGCGGCUCCUCAUCACCAUCUCAGUACAAUUUGGCCAUUGUGAUAAUAUCAUAUUAUUUCACUCUUUAUGUACUUUUUUCUAUCCUAACAAAUUUUUAGUCUACCGUCUUAUCAACAGAGAUCAAGUGUGUACAUGAAUGUAUCAGUUAAUUUAAUUUUAGAUACAAAAGAAAAAAGUACAAUCAGCCAAUUAGAAUUUGCCUGAAAUCAUAGACUCACCCUAGUUUUACUGCUGUAGUUGUUUUUAAGAAUUGAAAGACUGCUUAAAACAGUAGACUAACCCCACAAUUUUACAAAUGGGCAAACUUUCUUUUUUUUUUUUUUUUUUUUCUGAGACAGAGUCUCACUCUGUCGCCCAGGCUGCAGUGCGGUGGUGCGAUCUCAGCUCACUGCAAGCUCCGCCU